AUGUCUCCAAGUAGUUUACAGAUUAAGGUCAAUGCCUUGAAAAGAUUAAUAAAGGAAGAGUCAUUGUACCAACAAGAAGUUGCUGAACAACAGCACUUUGUAAAUCAAAUGAAAUCAAAUAAUGCUGAUGAAUACGAAUUAAAGAAGCAAAUUCAAGUGCUAGAAGAAUCCCAAAGAAUGGUGCCAGAAGUUUCGGAGAAAAUCAAAAAGCAUAAGCAAGCAUUAGUAGAGUAUGUGGAAAAUUAUAAGGGUGAUGAAGAUUUAAGUGCUGCUAAAGAAUUAAUUAGUGCUUAA